GAGGAAAUAGGGCCGGUCCCUUUAAGAGGAUUUUUCUCUGCUUGGCAGUGCUGCCUGCCUGGGCAGCCCAUCCUGCCGCCCUGAUAAGCAGCAGCAGCAGCAGGGACAAAGCUGGCGGAGACGGCCACGGCCGGGCAGCCGGGCUCGGGGGGCUGCUAGCCGCUGCUGGGCUGGGGGCACAGAACCCCGCUCCCGCGCUGCCUGCCCAGCCCAGCCCAGCCCGCUGCCCAGCCCAGCCCUGCGGAGAGAUGGGGAGUAGACCCCGCCUGGGGACCCUCGGGGGCAUCGCCCAGCCUGGCUCCCGCCGCUGAGGACCGACCGGCCGCCACCGAGCCACUCCCUGCCCGGCCGAGGCUCCGGGAGCCGUCCCCCAGCCCCCGCCGUGGGCAUCGCCCCUUUGUCUGCGGAGGAGGGAGGCGGAGGGCGCUGCGGCGGAGGCACGGCCGGGCGCUGGGCGCAGGGUGGCUGCGGGGCACAGUCGCUGCCGGCGGGGAGAGGAGCCGCCGCGCCCGCAGCCUGCCAGAUCAGCAGGAUGGCAGAGAAGAGUAUGGAUCCCGCUUGUGUCUCCAUUGCCCUGGAGGACACGGUGUGCCAUGCCAGCCCCCCAGAUGCCCCGCUCCUCACCACCCACUUGAAGAAGGUGGAGAACCACAUCACAGAGGCUCAGAGGUUUUCCCACCUCCCGAAGCGCUCAGCUGUCAAUAUUGAGUUCAUUGACCUGUCCUACUCUGUGCGUGAAGGCUCCUGGUGGAGGAAGAGAGGCUACAAGACUCUUCUUAAAUGCCUCUCAGGGAAGUUCUGCCAGCGGGAGCUCAUUGGGAUCAUGGGGCCCUCAGGUGCUGGGAAGUCCACGCUCAUGAACAUCCUGGCUGGCUACAGGGAGACUGGCAUGAAGGGCCAGAUCCUGGUGAAUGGCCGGCCACGGGACCUGCGUACCUUCCGCAAGAUGUCAUGCUACAUCAUGCAGGACGACAUGCUCCUGCCACACCUCACUGUGCUGGAGGCUAUGAUGGUCUCUGCUAACCUGAAGCUGAGUGAGAAGCAGGAGGUGAAGAAAGAGCUGGUGAACGAGAUCCUGACGGCCCUGGGGCUGCUGGAGUGCUCCUACACCCGCACUAUCUCGCUGUCGGGGGGCCAGCGCAAGCGCCUGGCGAUCGCCCUGGAGCUGGUGAACAACCCUCCGGUCAUGUUCUUCGAUGAGCCCACAAGCGGUCUGGACAGUGCCUCCUGCUUCCAAGUGGUUUCCCUGAUGCGGUCCUUGGCUCAGGGUGGGCGCACCAUCAUCUGCACCAUCCACCAGCCCAGCGCCAAGCUCUUUGAGAUGUUCGAUAAGCUGUACAUCCUGAGCCAGGGCCAGUGCAUCUUCAAAGGCAUCGUGACCAACCUCAUCCCCUACCUGAAGGGUCUUGGCCUCCACUGCCCAACAUACCACAACCCUGCCGACUUCAUUAUCGAGGUGGCUUCAGGAGAGUACGGAGACCUCAACCCUGUCCUGUUCCGCGCUGUCCAGAAUGGCAUGUGCACCAUGGCUGAGAAGAAGAGCAGCCCUGACAAGGCAGAUCCAUCAUGCCCGGCACACUGUGUGACGGAUGUGGACCACAUUGAGAGCCACACGUUUGCCACCAGCACUUCAACUCAGUUCUGCAUCCUCUUCAAGAGAACCUUUAUCUGCAUCCUAAGGGACACGGUACUGACCCACCUGCGGUUCAUGUCCCACAUCUGCAUCGGAGUGCUGAUUGGGCUGCUCUACUUGCACAUUGGCAAUGAUGCUGGCAAAGUCUUCAACAACACGGGCUUUCUCUUCUUCUCCAUGCUCUUCCUCAUGUUUGCUGCGCUGAUGCCCACCAUCCUCACCUUCCCCCAGGAGAUGUCUGUAUUUCUGCGAGAGCACUUGAACUACUGGUACAGCCUGAAAGCCUAUUAUCUGGCAAAGACCAUGGCAGAUGUGCCCUUCCAGGUGAUCUGCCCCAUCGCAUACUGCAGCAUCGUGUACUGGAUGACAGGCCAGCCUCCUGAAGCUACACGAUUCCUCCUCUUCUCUGCCCUGGCCACUGCUACGGCCCUGGUGGCCCAGUCCCUCGGCCUCCUCAUUGGAGCUGCUUCCACUUCCCCACAGGUGGCCACCUUUGUGGGACCCGUCACUGCCAUCCCUGUCCUGCUCUUCUCGGGUUUCUUCGUCAGCUUCAAGACCAUCCCCACCUACCUGCAGUGGAGCUCCUACGUCUCCUAUGUCAGGUACGGCUUUGAGGGUGUCAUUCUUACCAUUUAUGCUAUGGAGCGCGAGGAUCUGGAGUGCCUCGAGGACUUUUGCCCCUUCCAAAAACCCAUCAAGAUCCUGCAGGAGCUGGACGUGGAAGAGGCUAAGCUCUACCUGGACUUCCUCAUCCUGGGCAUCUUCUUCAUCAUCCUGCGGCUCCUGGCUUACCUGGUCCUCAGGUACAAAGUCAAGUCAGAGAGAUAAAGGAGCCAUGGGACCCCCCGGUGCUGUUCCCGGGCCUGGCCUGUUGUGAGAGACAUUCUGCAGAGGGACACAGUGCUCCCAGCAGGUCACGGACAAUGGUGGAGGCAUCGGUAGGUGCCAGUCAGGUCUGGCUCAGUCGAGAAAGGUUUUGAGACGUCUCGGAACUGUUUUAACCUUUCCACACACUCUUCAUUGCAAAAGUUUUGUACAGCCCUGGCAUGUGCCAUCCCCUCCCCAGGACUGCUGAACCCCACGGAGCUCAGGUCCCUUCUUGUCACCCCUGCCUGGCACUGACCUUCUCCACCAAACAGAUUGGGACACCAGGGACAGUCCCGUGGAGGUGGCUGUCUGCCGAGCAAGACUGAGAGGAGCCAGCUGCUCUGAGCAUCACCCUGGGGCUGCCUGAGCCUGGGGCUGAAGCCGGAGGAGACAUCUGCAUAGCUCGGAUCAGCAGCACAGCACAUAGCCCCGUGGCUCGCCCUGGCCAGCAGCAUGUGUGUCAGAGCUAAGAAGAGCCCAAAGAUGCAGUAGGUCAAGUUGCACAAGGCUUUAGUGUUUCCUGUCUCUGUAGCCACAGAAAUUGCUUCAUCCCAUUUUUCUUGCUGUGUAAGUCCCCCAUUAUUUUUUUUUUUAAUUUAUUUUAUUUUUUUUAAUGAUCCCCUGUGCUUCCCACUCUGCAUGGAGUGGAAAUGGAGCCAGCAGGCAGAGAAGGACUUGGGGCUUUGGCUCAGAUUUCUGCUCAGAUGCCGUCCUCAGAGAUGGGAUCUUCAAACCUGGGGAUGUGUCAGGGUCUGUGGGAAUGGGACAGUAUUCUCAGACCUUAGCAAGUCUCACAUUCAGUCCCUGUUGUCUUUGGGUUCUGAACCAAGAGGAUAAAAUCAACAAAUGUGGAGAGAAGUGACUGGUCUCUCUAAGUGCUGCACAGACUGGGGAGGAUUUAGGCCAGUACCAGGUGGCUGAAAAGCAGGGCCGGGCUCAGUUGUACCAUCACUGGACCUUCUACUGCAGGAGAAGAGCUGGCCCUGAGCCCUUCCCUUGCACCAUCUCCCGCCUCACUCCUCUCCCCCGGCACAACUGUGUGGCUGUCUCAGCAGAACAGCGAGGAUGAGCCUCGCUCAGCACCGUUGGUGCAAGGAGGGGAUUCCAGCCCCAGGGACACCUGGCCUCGCAAACCUCCCAGGGUAACGCUGUGCACAAGAGGGUCCCAGCAGCGCCAGAACUGGAAAGCAGCUGAGAUCUUGGAGCGGCAUUUUGCAUUGGGUGACCCUGGUUCAAGUGCAGUCUGUGAGACGCUGCUGCUGGCAGGCUCUGAGCAACAGGGGGUUGCAGGGCAAAUGCCAGAUGUCAGCAAAAUCCUUGGGAGACUCUUCUUUGCUUUUACUGGCUUGUGUUAGGACUGUUCCACACAGCAGGGUCUGGCUGGCCUGCACAUGGAUGGCAAAUGUACUGCAGCACUGAUGCUGGGCAUUCAGCAAGGUUGCUUUUUCACCUGCCUGGGCAGCAUUGCUGAGAGGAGCUCGUAGCCAUGGGGGUCUCCUGUACAGAGGGUCUGGGAGCAGGACAUGCCCUGAUGCCCUUUCCGUGCAGGAGCACUGGGGUUUUCCUCAGGGGCUCUUGUCUGACUUACUGCUGUCCCUCACAAAAUUCCCCUCUGCUCACAGAUCUUCCUUCACUGACAGAUCUGCGCCAUGGUCCGCAAUGGAGCUGGGCCAGCUUGGGGGGCUGCAGUCUCCUGGGCACGACGCUGCCAACUUGCAGCCGCAGGCGCACAGAGAAAUACCACGGGACAGGCUGCCCGAGCUCGGUGUGGCCAGAGGGAGACUGCUGGGGCAAGUAGCUCUGCGGGUGGCUGCUCAGACCAGCCUGUCUGGGACAGGGCAGGUGGCAGCACCUCCGGGAUCUCCAGGGCAGUUCAGCACAGCCUGUGCCUCCUGUGCCAGUGAGUGCAUGGGUUGCAGUGUCCCAGCUGACCAGGUACGUGGCCACUGCGGGGCAGAGGACCGGGACAGGCUCUGGAGAUGGAGGAUGGCUGUGUCCCUCAGAGGAAGAUGGGCACCAAGCUGGGCUGUGGCAGGACCACUUGGCAAUAACACUGGUUGUAUUGUGGCGUGGGGCCAGGGGUGCUCAGGCUGGGUCUUGGCUUGUUCUGAAUGGGUGGGCAGCACCCAUGUGCUGUGCUGGCACACAGCAGUGAGGAUGCACUUUAUCAGAGUAGGGGAGCAGGACUGCGGGUGCUUCUGGCUACAGGAAUCCCACCAGGGAACGCGUCGGGAUAAUCGUGAGGAACGUGAUGGAGGAGAGCAGGCUUCUUCCCCCACACCUCCUCUCCCCUCCUGCCCCCUGCCUUCCUUUGCAAUGCACUUUGAAUGGAUGGUGAUGUGGUUGAGGCUGUGGCUCCAGCUCCCUGGGAGCACUGGUUGAACCUCAACCCAUUUGAAACUUCUUCAGCCCCUUAGCCUGGCUCCUUCAGCCCACAGGCAUGGUUGUAUCAGGUACUGCCUCUCCCCCACGCGUGCUGUGAAUGCAGGUAGGCAAGCAGGGGUAUGGCCUCUCACCUCCACGCAUGUCCAGGCCACCUUUGUCACACACACGAGAAGCGCAAAUAUAUCAUUACCCAGCUGGUGCUAGGGUUUGCUUGGAGGGGAGACUGAGCUAGUGCAAACAGGGGAUGUGGCUUCUCCCAGGGUUUCACCCCUCUCUCAAAUCAGGCAAUAAACCAGUGUUUCAUUCUCACUGUGUGUGGACACCAUUUGUCCCGUCCCUUUGCCAUGGCAGUUCCUUGUACCACGGGCAGCCUGCACCUGCCUGGGAUCUCUUCAUGCAUCUCUGCCAUGCUGGACCCUAUGGUUUUCAAGCCUUUGCCUUCUCCACAUGUUCAGAGGAGGUUGUACAACGGGUUCCAUGUGUGACAUGGGACAUGGGCGGACCAUGUAGAGAGGCACAGCUGUUGAAACCCGUGCUCCCGCAUGACUGGAGGUGAGCUGCCUUUUUCCUGGGACAUUUGGCAAAAUAAGAUGCGGAUAGCAGCUCAAAGGCCGAGGGAGUUUGCUCACACAGCUGUAGCUCUGCCGUGGUAGCCACGCAUGGGUAGCAUGUGCUUGGGUCCUUCUGCCUUGCUGGGGAGAGGCUGCGAAGGUGAACCAGGGCACUGCUGCCCACAGCUGCAGCCUGGUGCGAACCAGGCAGAGUGGAGGUGAAGCCCCUGGGCUCUGGGAGGAGAACAGCGUUGCUGGCAGGGUCCUGAUGGCUCUCAGGGCUGUGCUGCACAUGCAGGUAAGUGCCCUGCAGGGACAGGGUGCCAGGUCCCAGCUUGCUGCUGGUGUUUGCCGGUGUCUGGAGACCCCCAGAAGCUGUUGAGCAGGCAGAAAUGUUGCAGCUUAUUUCAGUCUUUCUGAGAUGCCAACUGUACUCAUUGGAUUUCACACAUCAAUAAAACUUAUAUUUAUAGUGUA